GAAAAAAGUUAAUUGUCUUAUUGUAUAUUUACACUCGGAAAAGCACUUUCUCUGUUUAAAAGCUGGCACUUCUCGUCUUCUCAAUUCUCGAUGAAAGCCUUCGUUUCUCUUCAGCUACCUCUGUAACUACCGGCAAAGAUCACACAAAACCCAUUUGAAAGAAAAUCAAGAAAUUAAGGAAGCUGAAUUGUUUUGAGAAAAUGGGAAGGCUGUUUGUGACCACUCUUGAGGAAAACAUGUAUAGCUGCAAGCACUGCAGAACCCAUCUCGGUCUUGUGGACGACGUAAUCUCUAAGUCUUUUCACUGCAGACAUGGAAAGGCUUAUCUUUUCGAUAAAGUUGUAAAUGUCACACUUGGAGAGCAAGAAGAGCGGAUCAUGAUAACAGGAUUGCAUACCGUUGCUGACAUAUUUUGUGUUUCAUGUGGCUCAAAUGUGGGGUGGAAAUAUGAGGCUGCACAUGAGAAAUCCCAGAAGUACAAGGAAGGAAAGUUUAUCCUUGAGAGAUUUCAGAUUCUCGGUCCUGAUGGAAGCAACUACUCGAUUGCUCUCGAAGCUCAGAUUGGUGGAAGCGAUGGUGAUGACUGAUGAGGCUUUGAUUUACCAUCCAUUCAGGAAAAUUGAACUAUUAAUUUCAAAUGUAAAUUCUUAGCAACCUAUUUUCUUUCGUCGAGUAGGCUACUGGGAUUAAAAAUGUCUUCAUCGAUGAUGUAGGCCAGGACUCUUUAAGUUCUUCGUACCGUCGUGAA